AUGUCCGAAUCCAGCAAUAUUCUCCACCUCCUCCAAUCCUGCUCAUCCUUGCAAACCCUCCACCAAAUCCACGCGCGCAUGAUCAAAUCCCAGCUCGAUCACUCCCCAUCCUUCGCCUCCAAGCUCGUCGCCACCGCCGCCCGCCUCCACUCCCCCACCCUCGCCAUCUCCAUCCUCCUCCGCUCUCCUCCUCUCCCCGUCCCCUUCGCCCACAACUCCAUCAUCAACUCCUUCCUCCAUUCCUCCCCUCUCCUCUCCCUCCUCUUCUUCUCCCUCUUCCCCAUUCCCUCCCCCAAUUCCCACACUUUCCCUCCUCUCCUCAAAGCCGCCACCCUCUCCCACUCCCUCCAUCUCGGUUCCGCCCUCCACGCCUCCCUCCUCAAACUCUCCCUCCACUCCCAUCUCCAUUGCCAUACUGCUCUUCUCUCCUUCUACGCCUCCUGCGGGGAUUCGCUCUCUGCACGCAAGCUGUUCGACCGAAGUCCCCAUAGAAACAACGUCGCUGUUUGGAACGCUAUCAUCUCUGGUUUUGUUAAGCACGGUCGGAGUCAUGAUGCUUUGGAGUUUUUCCGCCUUCUUUUGCUUUACACCAAACCGGAUGAGAUCACCUUCGUCAGCGUGCUUGCUGCUUGCUCUCAUCUUGGAGCUCUCAAUGUUGUUCGGUGGAUUGAGAAUGCUCUGAAGGGGAUGAUAAAUGUGAAAAUUGGGACGGCUUUGGUGGAUGCUUUCUCUAAGUGUGGCUCUGUUGAGGAUGCACGGAGAGUGUUUGAUGGAAUGCCUGACAGAAAUGUGAUGACUUGGACUGUGAUGAUACAAGGCCUUGCCAUGUUUGGUUAUGGUGAGGAGGCUAUUGCGCUCUUUGAGGAGAUGAUCAAGGUUGGUGUUCGGCCGGAUGAUGUUACUUUCAUCGGUGUUUUUUAUGCUUGUAGCCAUUCUGGUUUGGUUGAUGAGGGGCGGAGAAUGUUUGAUAGAAUGAUCAAGUGUUCUAAGAUUGCACCGAAGAUGGAACAUUAUGGUUGCUUGGUGGAUUUACUCGGGAGAGCCGGGCUAUUGGAAGAAGCUCUGAGGUUGAUCGAGGACAUGCCAUUUGAGCCAACGCCGGCAAUAUGGGGCUCUUUGCUAAGUGCUUGUAGGAAAACCCCGGAAAACUUGCAAGUGAUUGAGUAUGUGGCUAAUCGUUUGAUGGAAAUUGAGCCGGAAAAUGAUGCUACUUAUGUUUUGCUAUCAAACAUCUAUGCGGAUAAUGAUCAAUGGGACGGUGUUGCAAGAGUCCGGGCAUUGAUGAAGGAGAGAGGAAUACGGAAAACUCCGGGGUGUAGUUCUGUUGAAGUUAAUGGUACAAUUCAUGAAUUCACUGUUGGAGAUCAAUCACACGCUUGUGUUGCCGAAAUAAAUGAGAUGUUGGAGGAGAUUGAUUGUAAAGUUAGGGACCUCGGACAUGUGGUGGAUACUACAAAGGUGUUAUUAGAUAUAGAGGAAGGCGAAAAGAAGAAUGCAUUGAUGUUGCAUAGUGAAAAGCUUGCGCUUGCAUUUGCUCUUAUUGCAAGUGCAGCUCCUAGUUCUAUAAGGAUAAUGAAGAAUAUUCGAAUUUGUAGUGAUUGUCAUUCCGUGAUGAAACUUGCUUCGAAGGCUUAUGGCAGAGAGAUCAUUGUCAGAGAUCGGAAUCGAUUUCAUAAGUUCACGGAUGGAAAUUGUAGUUGCUUAGACUUUUGGUGA